AUGUUGGAUCAUCGAAGGAAUGAAGAAAGAAGGGAAUCAGGAAGAGAUGGAUUAGUGGCAGUGGCAGUUGACAAAGAUAAAUUCAGCAAAUAUGCUCUCAAAUGGGCUGCUGAACAUCUUCUCCGCAGAAACCAAACCGUCAAACUCAUCCAUGUUCUUCAUCGAUCAGGAGGGAAUGAUGAGGAACUGAUUCAACAGCAUCCUGAUAAUCAAACCAUGGAUGUCUUUCUUCCAUUUCGUUGCUUUUGUACGCGCAGAAAUUUACAAUGUGAAUUGGUAGUACUUCAGCAUCAGAAUGUGGCAAGAGCGCUCAUCGAAUACGUUUCCAAUCAUGCAGUCAAAACAUUGUUGCUUGGUUCCCCAUCAAAGAAUGGCCUCACCAGACUAUUCAAGGCUACAGAUAUUCCAAGUACAGUAAUGAAAUGGGCACCCGAUUUUUGCAAUGUAUAUAUUGUUUCAAAAGGAAAGUGUCAUGCUGCACGAUCUGCCACUCGUCCAUUCCCACCUAUUUUAGCUGGAGAAGUACCACACCCUCAAAUCCUCCCUACAAACAUCUCCAAUGAAGAAGUCACUAUAGCGUGUGAUGAGUUUUCAGCUCCAGAGAGAGGGGACUCGUAUAUAAAUUCUGGAAGGCCAAGCACGGAUAGCACUUUUUUCGCCUUCUAUGAAAAUCUGGGAAUGAAUCCUUCAAGGAAUUCAGCAUCCUCCAGGGCUCCACAUAAUUCUCUUUCUGAAAUUCCAUCAGGCUCUUUUGACAGUGAAAGAGCUUCUGAUUCUUCUCAGAAUACGGAUGAUACUGAUGAGGAGAUUAAACGGCUUAAGAUGGAGCUUAAGCAAACAGUGGAAAUGUACCAUACACUCUACAAAGAAACACUAGCUGCCAAAGAUAAGGCAAUUCAAUUGGAGCAAUGGAAAAUGAAAGAAGAGAAAAGAUUACAGGAGCUACUGCUUGCUGAGGAAAGGGACCAAGCAAAAUAUAAGGCUGCAAUUGAGGCAUCUGAAGCAGCUCAGAAAAUUCUGAAGUUAGAGAUACAACAUAGGGUGAAAGCAGAAAUUAGAUCACUCAGAGAGGCUGAAGAGAAAACAAAGGAAGCAGGGACGUUAAACCCUAAAAACAGCCAGCUGGUGGAGAUGAUUAGAACAAUGGUUGCACAAGUGGUGCAACAGAAUGUGGUUGAGUUGAGGAAUCAGCAACCAACCUUACAAAACCUUGACCAGCCACGCUUGACCGAUAUCGCCGACAGGUCAGAAUUCAGUUGGUGA